GCGAUGGCGGGCUGGCGCGGGGCGCUCAUCAUGCUGGAAGGCGUGGGCCGGCCAGAGAGCACGCAGAGCUGCAAGUUGGUGGCCGCGCUCUGCGCCGCCGGCCAUCCUGCCGAGCUGCUACGCUUCCCGGAAAGAUCAACUGAAAUUGGCAAACUUCUGAGUUCUUAUUUGGAAAAGAAGAGUGAGGUGGAGGAUCACUCAGUGCACCUUUUCUCUGCAAACCGCUGGGAACAAGUGCCAUUGAUUAAGGAAAGGCUGAGCCAGGGCAUCACCCUCAUCGUGGACAGACAGGCGUUUUCUGGUGUUGCCUUUACCAAUGCCAAGGAGACCUUCUCUUUGCAUUGGUGCAAGCAGCCAGACGUGAGCCUUCCCAAACCUGACCUGGUCGUGUUUCUUCAGCUGAGGUUGGCAGAGGUUGUGGAGCGGGGCAGGUUCGGCCAAGAACGCUAUGAAGAUGGGGCCUUCCAGGAGCGGGUACUGCAAUGCUACUACCAGCUCAUGGAGGACAGGACCCUAAACUGGAAGGUGGUUGAUGCUUCCAAAAGCAUUGAAGACGUCCACAAGGAGAUCCGCACGCUCUCUGAGGAUAUCCAGGCCGCAGCACAGAGGCCGCUGGGGAAGCUCUGGACAUAAA